CGGAAGAGGAUCUUUCGUGGCUUUGUGAGGUCGGUCGGGUCAUUUGUUCACUCUGUUCAAGAAAAACUACUCAGUCAAUGGGACAUGGAGUGUAUUUCAGUAACUUUUGAUGAUCUCGAGGGCAAAAAGGACCCAGUUUUUGAAGACCGAGACAACAAUGUCUACACCAGGUUUAUGAAGUCCCACCGCUGUUAUGAUCUUGUACCUACGAGUUCCAAAUUAGUUGUAUUUGAUACUUCACUUCAGGUGAAAAAGGCGUUCUUUGCUCUUGUUUCCAAUGGGGUAAGAGCAGCACCACUGUGGGACAGUAACAAGCAGUGCUUUGUGGGUAUGCUAACCAUCACAGACUUCAUCAACAUUCUUCACCGUUACUACAAGUCUCCUUUGGUUCAGAUAUAUGAGUUGGAAGAACACAAAAUUGAAACAUGGAGAGAGUUGUACCUUCAAGACUCUUUCAAGCCUUUGGUUUGCAUAUCUCCCAAUGCAAGUUUGUAUGAUGCAGUUUCAUCUUUGCUGAAGAACAAGAUCCACAGAUUGCCUGUAAUUGACCCCUUGACUGGGAACACGCUGUACAUUCUCACACACAAGAGGAUUCUUAAGUUUCUGAAGCUUUUUAUAUCAGAGAUGCCGAGACCCGCUUUUCUAAAGCAAACUUUAGAGGAACUGAAUAUCGGGACAUUCCAAAACAUAGCGAUGGUCCGUGCAGACACACCUCUGUACACUGCGCUGGGUAUUUUUGUUGAGCAGCGAGUGUCCGCGCUCCCUGUUGUGGAUGACAAAGGUCGAGUGGUGGAUAUAUACUCAAAGUUUGAUGUUAUAAAUCUGGCAGCAGAGAAGACGUACAACAACCUGGAUGUGACGGUGACCAAAGCCUUGAAGCACCGCUCUCAGUACUUCGAGGGCGUGUUGACCUGCAACAGACACGAGACCCUGGAGGCUAUUAUCAACAGACUGGUGGAGGCUGAGGUGCACAGACUAGUGGUGGUGGACGAGCAUGAAGUGGUGAGGGGCAUCGUUUCCCUUUCAGAUAUCCUCCAGGCGCUCGUGCUUACUGGCGGAGACUAGGGCACAAACUGAGGCAGGAGUUCAGAAUAACCUUCAGGAAGAAACUACAGCAAAAGGAGGCAUGUGGGAAAACAACUACAAAAGCACAAUGGAGAUAAUUUUCAUCUUCUUUUAUGCUUACAUGGGAAGACUUCUCUGGAAAAACUGUGAAGUUUGUUUAGCAAUGCAGCAGCUUGUAGCAGGGCAGGAAACAGAAGCUUCUUUAAAUCGAGCCUAAUUCCAAACCACCAUCAGUCUCAGAGAGAUUUGAAAGCUGAAGCUUCUGCAGAGGUCAGUCAGGGUAAUCCAGCAUCGUUGCCACUCCUGCUUCUGUUGUGACUUGUUUCAUGUGAUUACACACAUGCUCUUUAACUACCUUAUGAAGUGAAAUCAGCAUUUCAUUUCCAUUUUAGGGCUGAAACCUCCAAACAAAACAUUUUGUCUAAGAGCAGUGUCAGACACAUGAAGAGUAAGUAGUGUGUCGUUCUGACGCCUCAGCUGUUUUCUUCAAGGCCUGUUCUGUAUACGCUCAUUUAAAUAUGUUAUUUAUCUGAAGUUAUUUUGUUCAUUUAGUUUGUUUCAUCAAUUCAGUUUGAAGAAUUUAACCAUCAGAUUUAUGUACUCGUUCACUUAGCUAAGCCAUUGAUUAGUUACUCAGGUAUUUAUUAACCAUUUAGCUUAAUGUGUUGUUAUAAUUAACACUUUGGAAACGUUUGAAAGUUGUGUUGGUUAUGUUUAAAAAUAAUGACGUGAAAAAGGUAUGACCAUGGUCUGAGUUCUGUAGAUUUUUGCACCUUUUGGAUUCCAAACAUGUUUUUUGCCCCAAAAACCAGAAUGUUUAUUUUGCCUUUUAAUAUACAAUACAAUACAUUCUGUUGUGUAGUUACA